AUGGGACGCAACAAAUCAGAAGGGGGGCGAGGGAAUGACAGGGAGAUUAAGACCCAGGAUCCCGGGACAGGAGAGGGAAAUGCACACCUAACGUGGAGAAAACUGAGAUGGACCCGACUCAAACAAAGGGAGGGGACACCACCUCCAAAGCGAGACAAAACAGCUAAAACAGGCGAAAGAUACAAACACAUGAAGAUGAAUGAGGGUAGAGUCAAGGACCCACCAGGGCAGUAG